UACUUAUACUCACAACAAGUGGGUUACUUUGCUUUGGGUUGAGAAGGAUCAGAAUGGAACAACAUGAUGAAAUAUAAUACAAAAGAACUUUUAUGGGACAUGCUUGCACCAAAACCUUAAAAGUCACAUUUGAGUUUGUGCCUGGAGGUCAGGCUCGUGUCACAGACGCACAGAGUUCCUUGGAAAUCCAAUAUGAGCGCUUUUCCAAGUAUUGUGUAAGAUCUUAGAUGUUGUCCUACUGUGUGUGUUGUAUUUACAAAUCCCUUUAUAGCCUGUAGUAGCCUAAACCUGUCAGAAAAUAUGUAUUGACAUAUGCUGUUCCAAAGAUGUGGUGUCAAAAGCACACCCCUGUCUUGCCCCAGUUAUGGGGAUGGUAGCCCUGACAGCGCUGUGCAGCUCACAUACCAAUGUGUGCAGCUGCGUGAACAGUGAACAGGGUGUUGGCUGAGAAACAAGUCUGUUUGGCUGAUUUUGCACAGUAAAUAAAGAUUUAAAAGCUGACGGGGUAACUGUCAGUAACUCUGGCCUGACCCAGUAGUGCAGUGCACUGUACCUGGCCUCACGCCAGCCGUGUGUCUCUGCAUAAUUCCCAAUACCAUGUGCCAGCCGGUGCACAUGGCCCCUGCAUCAUGCUGUCAGGAGUCCUCUGAACGGCUCGCUCCUCCUAGAUCUGUUCUGGCGCACAGGAAGAGCCGCAUGUCUUGGACACUUCCCAGUUUCCCCUGUUGGAAUUUUUUUUCCGAGAGUCAUAGCAGGGUGACCAGGCCUUGACCUCGCAAGUGCAUGAACUCACCAUUGGAGAGUGCAGUACUGGCUGCAUGUGUCUGGUAUGGUUAGAGAAUCUGCUUGGUACUGUGUCCAUUUGUUGAUAUUGUGUAUAUUUUUAGCCUUUGGGAAUUUGUUAAUGUGUUUGUUGCUGCAGACUUUCUGUAUAAUGCUGUUCCAUAAAUAAAUCAGCAUGUCAUUGGCAGUAACCUACAUGGGGACAAAAAAAACUACGCUGUUGACAAUCUGUGUUGUGGGCGAAAUCCAGUACUUCGGGGGUUAAGUUGUGAAAGUUAAUGUAAUAACUGCUAGCACCAUCUGCUGGCCUACUUCCUUACAAAGAGAGAGAGAGUGAGUGAGUGCGAGAGAGAGAGAGAGAGAGAGGGAAAAACGAGUCUGGGUUUUAACGACAUCUCUAAUAUUCAUGCUGAUGCAUUUUGCUGCUUUGUGCUUUCAUUUUCCGCCGCUCUGCCUGCCAGAGUCUCGAGCUCGCCAUACACGCCCCAGCCAGGGAGAGGGGAGGGCAGCGAGGGAGAACGAGGAAAAAGACAAGUGGGGGAAAAGGAGGAAAAAACAACCGGCCAAACAAGCAAGCAAGCUAACACAAAAGCCUUUUUGUGUGUAAUAAAAGGAGUAACCUACCUUGUCCUGGCUGGUGAAGAGCACGAGGAGAGGCGCAAAAAGGGAAACAGCACAGCGGAAAGAGCAAGAAAGAAGGAGAAAUAAGAGGGAGAAAGCUCAGAGAGGUACAGAGAGGUACAGAGAGCACACACACGAAAGGCAGGCGGAAAGAGGAAUCAAUGAGAGGGGAGGAGAGAGGAGCCAGGGGAAGGCAACUCUGACACACACGCACGCAGAGAGAGUGAGGGAGACUUGGGUGAAGCCGGACGACAGCGAAGCAGCACGCAGCAGCAGAAUGAGAGCUUCCUGGACUGCCACGCACCUCCUCUACCGCCCACAGCGCUGCUCCCUCAUCACCCUGUGAAGAGACAAACGAGGGUGAGGGAGAGUGAGAGAGAGAGCUCCCAUGCGCUCCUCUUGAGCCCUGCCCGCUGGGGGAGGAGGAGACGAACGGCUCCAGCGCUCUCGCACUGCCUGAGGAGAAGAGCUGACCGGGGAGGAGGAGGGGAGGCAAAACGAGGAGCGAGGGAGGGGAGGGGGGGACACACGGCUCAAGGAAGAGUGAGAGAAAACGACUGUUGAAAGGGAAAGAGUGAGUGUGUUUGUAAGAGAAAGCGUGAGCGAGCAACGGAGGGAGAGAGAAAAAAAAACCCGGCGAAAGGGCAAGGCUUUUGUUAGCCGGUUGGAGAGGGGGAGGAAAGAGGAAGAAAAAAAACCCCACCAUGUCUACAGUGAAGAGGCCAAGAGGAAGGCCUCGAAAGAACGCUAAUGGUCCCAGUAGCCAGGUACGGGUCCUCAGUCCCCCAAUGAAGAGCAGCUCAUCGUCCUCCUCCUCUUCCUCAUCGUCCUCAUCCUCAUCCAGCUCCCCAUCGGAGAAGAGGACGCCACGGAGGACGCAUCAUCAGAUGGAGUCAACCUCACAGGACAAGCAGGAGAAGGCCAAUAGGAUAAUAUCAGAGGCUAUUGCAAAGGCCCGGCAGCGUGGGGAGAAGAAUAUCCCCAGAGUCAUGAGCCCUGAGAGCUUCCCCAGCUCUUCUUCACAGUACAAGCACCGUAAGCGUGAGCACAAAGGAAGCGGCAAAGCACGGCCUAAGGAGAAGGGCUGCAGGAAGGCCUGUAUUGUACCCUCUUCCAAGCCCAAGCAGAAGGCCAAGAUUGGGAAAAUUGUCAUCAAGAUUGGGAAGAAGAAAAAGCGAAAGCCGGAGUCUUCAGAGGAGUCGGAUGAUGACCCUCCCCCUCGACACAGUUCUAAAGAUGACGACUCCAAGAGGCGAUCUAAUCGCCAGGUGAAGAGAAAGAAAUACUCUGAGGAGCUGGAGGCCAGGUUGUCGGAUGAUGAGGUCAAGGUUAUUGUCAAAGCCAAGAAAACCAACACUGCAGCAUCCAAGCAGCCUGCUGUUCAGCUCUUUGUAGAGAAUCCCAGUGAAGAGGAUGCUGCUGUUGUUGACAAAAUCAUGUCUUCUCGUAUGGUCAAGAAGGAGGUCUCUCCAGGAGUGGUGGUCGAAGGGGAGGAGUUCUUUGUAAAAUACAAAAACUACUCCUACCUACACUGUGAGUGGGCCACAGAGCAGCAGCUGGAGAAGGACAAGAGGAUUCAGCAGAAGAUCAAACGUUUCAAGAUGAAACAAGCACAGAGGGCACUCUUCUUUGCAGAUAUGGAAGAGGAGCCCUUUAACCCCGACUAUGUAGAGGUAGACAGAGUGCUGGAGGUGUCGUAUUGUGAGGACAAAGACACAGGAGAGGAGGUGGUGUAUUACCUGGUGAAGUGGUGCUCUCUGCCUUACGAGGACAGCACCUGGGAACUAAAGGACGACGUAGAUCAGAGCAAGAUUGAAGAGUUUGAGCAGCUGCAGGCAGUGAAGCCAGACUCGCGCAGAGCGGAGCGGCCCCCGGCCAAUCUGUGGAAGAAGAAGGAGCAGUCGAGGGAAUACAGGAAUGGUAACAGCCUCAGGGACUACCAGCUAGAGGGGGUCAACUGGCUUCUCUUCAACUGGUACAACAGACGAAACUGCAUCCUGGCAGACGAGAUGGGCCUGGGAAAGACCAUCCAGUCCAUCACAUUCCUAGAGGAGAUCCACCGUGUGGGCAUUAAAGGGCCAUUCCUCAUCAUCGCUCCGCUCUCCACCAUCGCCAACUGGGAGCGCGAGUUCCGUACUUGGACCCACCUCAACGUCAUCGUCUACCAUGGAAGCGUGGUCAGCAGGCAGAUGCUCCAACAGUAUGAGAUGUAUUUCAGGGACGCGCAGGGCCGUGCGAUACGAGGAGCCUACAGGUUCCAGGCUGUUAUCACCACGUUUGAGAUGAUCCUGGGAGGCUGCCCUGAACUCAAUGCCAUAGAGUGGCGCUGUGUUAUUAUCGAUGAGGCCCACCGCCUCAAGAACAAGAACUGCAAGCUGCUAGAGGGCUUCAAGCUCAUGAACCUGGAGCACAAGGUCCUGCUGACAGGUACUCCUCUCCAGAACACAGUGGAGGAGCUCUUCAGCUUGCUUCACUUCCUGGAGCCGGCACGCUUCCCCUCAGAAAACACCUUUAUGCAGGAGUUUGGAGACCUCAAGACUGAGGAGCAGGUACAGAAGCUACAGGGCAUCCUGAAGCCAAUGAUGCUGCGGCGGUUGAAGGAGGAUGUGGAGAAGAAGUUGGCUCCUAAAGAGGAAACCAUCAUCGAGGUCGAGCUCACCAACAUUCAAAAGAAAUACUACCGCGCCAUCUUGGAGAAGAACUUCUCUUUCCUGGCUAAAGGAGCUGGCCAGGCUAAUAUGCCCAACCUGGUCAACACCAUGAUGGAGCUGAGAAAGUGCUGCAACCACCCCUACCUCAUCAAAGGGGCAGAAGAGAAGAUCCUAGAGGACUUCAGGGAGGUGUAUAGCCCCACUGCCAUCGACUUUCACCUGCAGGCUAUGGUGCAGUCUGCCGGGAAGCUGGUCCUCAUUGACAAACUGUUGCCCAAGAUGAAGGCCGGAGGGCACAAGGUGCUCAUCUUCUCUCAGAUGGUGCGCUGCCUGGACAUCUUGGAAGACUACCUCAUUCAGAGAAGGUACUUGUAUGAGCGAAUUGAUGGACGUGUUCGGGGGAACCUGCGGCAGGCAGCUAUCGACCGUUUCAGUAAGCCCGAGUCGGAGCGCUUUGUUUUCCUUCUGUGCACAAGAGCUGGCGGCCUGGGAAUCAACCUCACAGCAGCAGACACCUGCAUCAUCUUUGACUCAGACUGGAACCCGCAGAAUGACCUGCAGGCGCAGGCUCGCUGCCAUCGGAUUGGUCAGAACAAGGCAGUGAAGGUGUACCGUCUGAUCACCAGGAACUCGUACGAGCGAGAAAUGUUCGAUCGCGCCAGCCUCAAGCUGGGCCUGGACAAAGCAGUGUUGCAGAGCAUGAGUGGCCGAGAUAACAGCCUGGGAGGAGGCGCCGGGGGAGGGGCAGUGCAGCAGCUGUCAAAGAAGGAGAUUGAGGAUCUGCUGCGACGUGGUGCGUACGGGGCCAUCAUGGAUGAGGAGGACGAAGGGGCCAAAUUCUGUGAGGAGGACAUCGAUCAGAUCCUCCAGCGCAGGACAAAGACCAUCACCAUUGAGUCUGAGGGACGAGGCUCGACUUUUGCUAAGGCCAGUUUUGUGGCGUCUGGAAACCGCACAGACAUCUCUCUGGAUGACCCCAACUUCUGGGACAAAUGGGCCAAAAAGGCUGACAUUGAUAUGGAGAUGGUCAACGGCAGAAACAGCUUGGUGAUCGACACUCCUCGUGUCAGAAAGCAGACGAGGCCAUUCAGUGCCACCAAGGAUGAGUUGGCAGAGCUUUCGGAGGGCAACAGCGACAGUGACGACACCAAACCUAAGCUCAGGCGAAACCACGACCGCCUCAACAGCUAUGGACGCACAGAGUGUUUCAGAGUAGAGAAGAAUCUGCUUGUUUAUGGGUGGGGUCGUUGGAAGGAUAUUCUCAAUCAUGGGCGUUUUAAGAAGCAACUGACGGAGAGGGAUGUGGAGUCCAUCUGCAGGGCCCUGUUGGCUUACUGUCUGGUCCAUUACCGUGGAGAUGACAAGAUCAAAAGCUUCAUGUGGGACCUGAUUGCCCCCACUGAGGAUGGACGCACCAAGGAGCUGCAGAAUCACUUGGGUUUGUCUGCUCCGGUCCCUCGGGGCAGGAAGGGUAAGAAGAUGAAGACCCAGUCGAGCUCUUUUGACAUCCACAAAGCUGAGUGGCUCAGGAAACACAACCCAGAGCACAUGCUUCAGGACGACGGCUACAAGAAACACCUCAAACACCACUGCAACAAGGUGCUGCUCAGGGUCAGAAUGCUCUACUACCUGAAACAAGAGGUGAUAGGAUCCCAGGCCCAGAGGGUGCUAGACGGCGCGGACUCAAGUGAGAUAAAGAUCUGGGUGCCAGACCCUGACCAUUCGGAGCUGCCAGCCUUGUGGUGGGAUGCCAUCUCAGACAAGUGUCUGCUGCUGGGUGUCUUUAAGCAUGGUUAUGAGAAGUACAACACUCUUCGUGCAGACCCAACCCUGUGCUUCCUAGAGCGUGUGGGACGACCAGAUGAGAAGGCCAUCGCUGCCGAACAGAGAGGCAACGAUUUCAUGGAUGGGGAUGUGGAUGACCCAGAGUACAAGCCUGCUCCAGCCCUGCUGAAGGACGAUAUGGAGGAUGACGCCUCCUCUCCUGGAGACUUGGUUGUCACUGACAACGCCGGAGAUGCAGUUCCAGCGACAAGUGAAACUUCUUACUGGCCCUCACCCUCGGUGCUGACAGCCAGGCUGAGGCGACUGAUCACAGCCUCUCAACGCUACACCAAGAGCCGGCAGAUCCUCCAGAUCCACCAGACUCAGACUCAGUCCCCGUCGACCAUGAUACUGUCUGCUCCACUCUGUCCGCUGCCCCCCACACUGAACGACACCCUCAACCCCAAGAUGGUUGCAAAGAUUGAACGGCAACAAAGAUGGACCAGGCGAGAAGAGGCUGACUUCUACCGCGUGGUCUCCACUUUCGGUGUUGUCUUCGACCCAAACCUGGGCCGGUUCGACUGGACAAAGUUCAGGGCCAUGGCUCGGCUGCACAAGAAGACUGACGAGAGCCUGCAGAAAUACCUGUGUGCUUUUACCGCCAUGUGCCGAAGGGUGUGCCGUCUGCCACCCAAAGAGGGAGACUCUGCAGUGGACCCGUCUCUGAACAUCCAGCCCAUCACAGAGGAGCGCGCUUCUCGUACGCUGUACAGAGUGGAAUUGCUUCGCCAGGUGAGGGAACAAGUCCUUCGCCAUCAGUUACUCUACGAGCGCCUGCCGCUGUGCCAGAUGAGCUCUGACUUGCCUGUCUGGUGGGAGGCUGGUACUCAUGACCGUGACCUGCUAAUUGGAGCUGCCAAGCACGGCGUCAGCCGCACUGAUUACCACAUUCUGAGAGACCCUGAGCUCAGCUUCAUGGCUGCCCAACGCAACUACAGCCAAACAAAAACUGCACAGCAGCAAUCACGUACAUCCACCCCGCUUCUACACUCUCAGUGCCAGGCCACAAGCUCACUGCUGACAGGCUCUCCGCUGCCUCCACCUGCCCAGAGAGAAGCAGAGCCUGGUGGGGUUGUACUCAAAGUGGAACCAGCCUCAGGAGGAGAGGAGGGCCAGGAGAAGCAGGGGGAGAGUUGGAGCCCUCCUCGAGCACCAGCUACUCCCACAGGUCUGGAGGAGAAGCCAGUGUCUGAGACGAGGGAUAAUGAGAGGCAGAUGGUGGCGGCACGAACCAAACCCCUCACACCCAACUCUACUGAGAGGAAACCGAAGAAGGCCAGCAAGAGGAGCCGCAGGGAGACGAGGCGCGGCUCAGACUCCGACUCAGAUGGCUCCUCCUCAAGCUCUUCAUCGCGCUCCUCUUCUUCCUCAUCAUCAUCCUCCUCUUCCUCGUCACAUUCCGGGUCCAGCUCCUCCUCUUCUUCAUCAUCUUGCUCCUCUGGCUCUUCAUCAUCAUCGUCCUCCUCCUCAUCUUCUUCUGAUGACAGUGAAAGUGAGGGAGAGGAAGGGAAGAAGAAGGUGGCUGCAGCAACAAGUGUAAAGGGCUUUGAUGAGGACAGUGUGGCGUCUCUGAGCACUACACAGGAUGAAACACAAGACACCCAUAUGGCGGAGAACGGCAUCACCAACAGCUCCUCGCAUCCUUUCCAAGGAGGAGGGUACAUGCUCGCUGCAUCCUACUGGCCAAAGGAUCGUGUGAUCAUCAACCGCCUGGACAGCAUCUGCCAGGCAGUGCUGAAGGGCAAGUGGCCAGGAACACGUCGGGUCUAUGAGCCCGGAGGUGCAGUGGCCUCCUUCUACACCACCAAGCUGCUGGACAACGCCAACAGCCUGUGCGAGGACCCCUCUGCCUCACCACAGGGGUCAAAGGUGACCAAGCAUGUUGCAGAAAACAAGGAGUUCUCAGUAAAACUCAACGAUCAGGAGGGAGGUCUGAAGCUGACCUUCCAGAAACAAGGUCUACCUCUGAAGAGGCCCCUGGAGUCGGAGGAGGGCCCACAGGCCCAACAGCAGUACCUGGCUCGGCUUCAUGAGCUGCAGAGCGCCUCGGACACAGGCCUGGCCGACAUCACCAAGCCUCAGUGCAGCUUCCAGACCGGGCCUCCAGGUGUUACUGGUCAGAUGAGGCUGAACGGAGUACUGGAUGGCCAGCCGGUGGUUAAGAGGCGAAGAGGAAGGAGGAAGAAUGUGGAGGGGAUGGACCUACUCUUCAUGAAUAGGAGUAGAGUCCCUGUUGUUCCUGAUCAGGUGCCUCCAGGGUGGGGCGGUAUUGGCCAGGUAGGCGUGGCUGCGGCUGCGGUGCCAGGCUACAGCCAGAACUCCAGUCAGGCCCCUGCAGACACUGACAGCAGGGUCCCUGUUAUCAACCUCAAAGAUGGCACCCGGCUUGCUGGGGACGACGCUCCCAGGAGGAAAGAUCUAGAGCAGUGGCUGUUAGAGCACCCUGGCUUUGUGGCAGACACAGGAGCUUUUAUCCCUGGGGUAAAUAAGAUGCAAAUGCAGUUCCACUUCCAGGACGGUCGGCCCAAGCAGAAGAGGCACCGCUGCAGGAACCCAAACAAGAUUGAUGUGAACAGCCUGACCGGAGAGGAGAGGGUUCAGAUCAUCAACAGGAGAAAUGCUCGCAAGGUUGGUGGAGCCUUUGCUCCUCCUCUGAAGGAUCUGUGCAGAUUCCUUCAGGAGAACCCAGAGUACGGAGUCCCACCUGAAUGGGCUGAUGUUGUCAAACAGUCGGGUUACCUCCCAGAGAGCAUGUUUGACAGGAUCCUGACGGGACCCAUCGUUCCUGAGGAGGUGAGCCGGCGUGGACGUCGACCCAAGAACCCUCUGGCUAAGGCAGCAGCGGCGGCGGCAGCAGCAGCAGCACCCAACCCAGCAGCCUCGGCCCUGGGUCUGAACCCCCUGCUGGCUAACGGCCUCCUCUCUGGAAUGGACCUGACCAGCCUGCAGGCCUUCCAGCAGAACCUCCAGAGCUUACAGUCCCUGCAGCUCACUGCGGGCCUGAUGGGGCUGCCGUCUGAUGCUAGCAACCUGGCCGCAAGUAACCUCGCUGCCAUGUUUCCCAUGAUGCUGUCUGGUAUGGCUGGAUUGCCAAACCUGCUUGGCAUGAGCGGUUUGAUUGGAAAGCAGGAGGGCACGGGAGUCUCUGAGGAGAAGACAAAGGGAACCUCCAGCGUUGUGACAGGAGAGCCGUCUGCCUCUAAAGCCCCCUCUCACACCUCAGACACCAAAGGAGAAAGGACAGAGGGCUCGAACACAACUCCUUCCUCCACUUCCAGCUCCACUUCCUCCGUCACCGCCCCACAAAGUGCUUCAGCUGCCUCUGCAGCCUCCAGUCACCCACUGUCUCUUAACCCCUUGUUACUCUCCAGUAUGCUUUACCCAGGGAUGCUUCUCACUCCAGGCCUUAACCUUCCUGUGUCUGCCACACAGCCGCAGAGCUCAAACAGUGACCCCACCCUUCCUCCUGCUCGUCCUCCUCCGCCUGCAGUCUCCCAGUCAUCACCACAGGAGACAGAGCAGCUAGCAGCAGAGCGGGACGGAGAGGAGGAUGACGAGGCAUUAGAAGACGAAGAAGAGGAAGAAGAAGAAGAGGAGGAGGACUCAGCAGAACAAAAGGAGAACAGUGGUCCUGAGGGUUCGGGGAAAGCUGAGUCGUCUUCAUCAGAGUCUGGGAGCUCUUCCUCAUCAGACGAUUCAGACUCCAGUGAUUAGGACUGAUGCUAUGAAUAUAUAAUUAUAAAUUUAUUUAUGUAUCGCCUAGAAAUGUAAACAUAUAUUCACAUAUAUAUGGAUUUUCCAGCACUUGUGUUGCGAUUUCUUUACAUGUAAAUACAUGAACUAACUAAAAUGUUGUGUAAUAAAGACAAAAACCUUAAAAAAAAUUAUAAAAAAAAAAAAAAAAACAGGAAAAACUGACUUAAAAGAAACUGAAAUAAAAUUUCAGUGUUUGUUCACAAGGUACAGUCUUGUUUUGAGACAUUUUGCAUGUCAGACUUUAGUAGAUUUCUGAACUCUGUGAACUUGUACCACAAUUAUGUACAAUUGCAACAAAAAAACGGCAUUAUUGUAAGUAUGUCAGGAUUUAAUUUUAUUAAAAAAAGUGAAACUACA